AUGUCCGCGAUAUUAGCAGAUGCAGAGUCGCGCGGAUCGGAUCCAGCCGUUGGAGAAUCAGGCUUGAGCCAGGCUUUGCUAGGCUCGGGAGUUUUCAAGGUUAGGGAUGCCGUGGCUGGCCCGUUGGCUCGGCACGUCCAGCGGAUCGAGGCUCGGCUCGACCCGAAGCUGUUCACUCCACCCAACAACGCGGUGACCCUAUGGGAUGCAGACAGGGACGGGAUUCUCCGACCAGAUGCAUCAACGGUGGAGAUGCAGCGAGAGGGGACCAGUGAAUCGUUGGUGGAUCUUCGUGUGGAGCUGAAGCAGGGGGAGGAAGUGUACAGUGUGGAAGAGCGGUUGAGAGCGGUGGUGGGGAUGAGUGUGGCGACCAGGCUGCAAGUAUUGGAGGGCCUUUGGAAUCAUAUAAAGGCCAACAAGCUGCAGGAUCCCUCAGACCCUUCCUCCUUCACCUGCGAUGCUACCCUCCAAGCGCUCUUCAAACAGGACAAGCUCAAAAUCUCCUCCCUCCCCAUCCACAUCUCCCCAUUCCUCUCUCCUCCACCGCCUCUCACCAUCACGCACCGCAUCUCCCUUGCCACCUCCCCCGCAGACUCCGCCACACUCCCUUCAUUAGAUCCCCCCUUUCAUCCACUGGGCCCACCCACCAACCUCCCUUCGUACGAGACCCUGCCCCCUGUUUCGGCUGACACCUGCGUGGAUGUGACUGUAACAGAAGCUCCUGCCCUCGCGGCCGAAACGGCCCGUGCGAUUGCAGCGAUGGGUCAGCAGCCGGAGAUAGACGCGAUUGAUGCAGCCAUGGCCAGAGACGCGGAGCUUUUAGCUAAGCACCGGCGGCGGCGCGCCUUUUUCCUAGCGUUUUCGCACUCUCCUGGGGAGUUUAUCAGGGACUUGAUGGUUUCGCAGCAGAGAGAUUUGGAUCAGAUGCAGCAGGGAGGGGUGGAAGGUGCUGGGGGUGCACAAGCGUUUGGCCCUGAGACUGCUGACCAAGAUGCAGAAUUCUAUGCUCUACCGUGCCCUGUCAUUGCCUCCCAUUCCAUUCUACUCGCUCUCAAAUCCCCCCUUAUCCCUCUCAACCCCACUCGCCCUUAUUUCACCCCCUUCUCCCCCUCAGAUCAGCACGUUUCCCCCCCUUCUCACCCUUAUUUUAUCCCCUUUGCCCUCUCAUUUCGGAUUCUGCUCCCACGCAAGCCCCCCUCCCCUCACCAUCAUUUUCGUUUCUCCCUUGCUCCCACUCAUUACCCCCUCUUCUCCCCCACAUGUCCCCCCCUUCUCCCUCUCAUUCCCCCCCUCUUCGCCCUCUCAUUACCUACCUGUCUCUCCCUCCUACCCCCCUUUCUCCCCCCCAUUUAUCCCCCUUCUACCCCUCCUCCCCCCCCCCCCCCCCCGCCUUCCCCUACUCAAGUCCCCCCCCUUCUCGCUCUAAUAUCCCCCUUUCAUCCCUCUCCCCUCUACUCUCUAUCGUUUCCCCCCUUCUCCCCCUCAUUUCCUCCCCUGCUCCAUCUCAAUUCCCCCGUUUCGCCCUCUCAGCCCCACCCCCCCCCCUUGCUUCCCUCAUUUUCCCCCCUUCUCCCUCUCUUUCACCCCCCUGAUCCCCUUCAUACAGCCCCAUGCUCCUUCUCACUUCCCCCAAUUCUCCCACUCAUUUUCUCCCCUUCUCCACCACAUGUCCCCCACUUCUCCGGGAAAUUUCCCCCCCUGCUCCUUUCAUUACCCAUUUCGGCUCCCCCUCAUUUCCCCCUGUCUCCCCCCCGUUUCCCCCCCUUCUCCCACUCAUUUCAACCCCUUCACCGACUCAAGUUCCCCCCUCCCAACUCUCAGAUCCCCCUUUUCUCCCUCUCAACCCCCCCCCCCCCCCCCCCCCACCCCCCCCCCCCCUCUUCUCUCUAUCGUUUCCCUGCUUCUCCCCCUCAUUUACGGGCCAACACGGCUAGGCCGUGGUCUAUCACGAGUGCGGACGGCGAUACGGCCGAGAAGGCAGUGCAAGGCUGCCUGGAAAAGUACGCUGGAAAGUUUCAGGGGGGGAAGGAUCGCAUGGCCGGCCGACCUGAUGCCCUCGUGGGAGGACAGCCAGCUGCUAUCAGGGGUUUGGUAUAUGCCUUCCCGAUAGAGCAUUGGAGCGAUGAGGAGACUCUACGACGCGACACCACCGUUUUCCGUCAGGGUGGGGCCCGUCGGGGUGCAGCGUAUGCUGAGCUAAAGCAAAAAGCGGGAGAGGCCAACAUCACUGCUGCCACGCCUACGGUGCGCGAUGUGAGCGAGGAGGAAGAGGAGCAGCAUGACGUGGUGAUUGAAAUAGAUGAUGAAGUUCCGGUACAAGUUGGAGAUGUCCAAGUGGAGAUCGAUCUUGAGAUGGGAGGAGGGAGUGGGCAGCCCACUGCCACAUCUGGCAAAGAGGACGGACACACACACGAAGUGUAA